AUGCCGCGGAGGCUCUCCAGGUGGCUCCUCGGCGCGCUGCUGCCGGCAGCAGCCCCGCUGCAGCUGGACGGCCACGGGGACCCGCAGGACGCCCACGGCGCUGGCGAGCAGGGCCUCCUGAAGCUCGCCGGCCGGCAGCUUGUGACAGUGGGCGCGGGGCAGUCGGUGAGCCUCGAGUCUCUGCACCGGCUGGAGGGCAAGGGUGGCAGGUGCCUCAAUUUCUUGCACAUCCCCAAGACCGCGGGCACGUCGGUCGAGGAGGUGUCCCUGAGGGCCACCUCGGCCCGCUCGGGCGGCCUCCGGGCAUGGGGCAUGCACGACGAGAGCCUGAGGUGUUCGUACCCCUAUCUCUUCAAGAGGGGCCUUGGCUGCAAGUUCCCGGGCCUGCCCGCUAACCAGUGGGGGAACCAGCAGCAGAGGUGCUCCGUGUGGCACACGCCCCCCGCUUGGGACGUGCAACUCGCGGAGGCCUACGCGGGCUGCACCACGUUCUGCAUCGUGCGGGACCCUGUGCAGCGGAUGGUCAGCGAGGCCUCUUUCAGGCUUCUCAACUGCAACUCGACGCAGUUCGACGAGUAUCUGCAGUCGUCGUUCCUGGAGCGCCAGAAGAGGGUGACAGCGAAUGAUUGCCAUCUGCUCCCCCAGUCCGAGUACGUGUACGGCGGCAAGUUUCUGGGCGAGCCUGGCAAUUACUGCCAGCGCGUGCUGAAGAUGGAGACUCUGUCAGAGGACUUCGCCAGAUUGAUGCAAGAAUUCGAGAUCGACGCAGAGUUGACGCACUCCGACACAUACGCGCACAAUUGCGACGUCAAGCUGAGUGAGGCUACCAAGGAGACGAUAUGGAACAUGUACGGACGCACCCUGGUGUGGACCCUUGCGAUCCAGACGCACGUCUCGAUCUCGGGGUCCUCCCUGCUCCAGCUGCGCUGGCCCGGCCGCGGGCGCAGGGCCCUGCUCAGACUGGCCGCCGGCUGCCUGGCGCUGCUGGCCACGCUGGGCAGCGCGUGCCGCGCGGCGCGCCUGUGCCUGGCGCAGCCGCGGCCCACGCUGCCGGCCCUCCGGAGCGCCGAUCCCCGGCGCCUGGCCAGCCGGCGCGCCUGGCUGGACGAGCUCCUGGGGCUCAGCGGCUCACGGAAGGACGACUCCGAGCACCCGGCCGCGAAGGACGCCGAGGUGGUGAACGUGGAGCGGAGAGGCGGAGAGGCAGGCAGCUCCGAGGAGGCGGAGGCGAUGAGGGCGUCGGCCAAGGAGCUGUUGUACGGCGUCCGGGAGCUCCUGGGCUCGCAGGAGGGCACCCUUCAGCGGGAGCUGAACGACCUCCGCAGCCAGAUUGGCGAUCUGGACGCGCGCUUCACCGGCGUGCAGGAGCAGUUGAUGGAGUCCGAGGAGCGCGAGGGCCUCCUGACAAAGCGCCUCACGGAGGCCCUGCGGAAGGAGCAGGAGCUCAGCAAGGCGGUGAGGAACGCCAAGGCCGAGUACGGCCGCCUGUCCAACGAAUUAGAGGGGCUCCAGAUGUCCGAGGAGUCCGUUCAGAAGGAUAUCGCAGAGCUGGUCGAAAGGCAGGGCAAGCUCAAGGAGGCUGGCGUGAAGGCGGGCAGGGAGCUGGCCGAGCUCAGGCCGCUGCAGGCGGAGCGCGAGCGGCUCGAGGCGCAGCUGCAGGACGGCCAGCGCCCGGCCCUCCUGGAGAGCCCUGCCGGGCAUUCCGUCCCCCGGGAGUUCUCGAGGCUGGAUGGCAAGAUGUACCGCUGCGUCCGUGUGUAUCGCAUCCUGGUCUACCUUCUCCGCUGCGGCUGGGACCGCCCCCGUCCGGCAGCCGACCUGGGCCAUGCAGUGGCUCGAACGUUUCCGAGGCCCUGUGCAAUUGGGGGGGUGUAG